ACAAGGAACUUUCCAAAGCAGCAACGCGUGUUUGGAAAACCUGUUUCGCCAAUGCCAGGGCCAAACCCCGGCUCGGCUUCCUCAUAAAUCCCAAUUCGCGUUCCCAACAAUCGAAAAACCGUCUUAACAACGAAAGAAAUGGCUUCCAUCUACUGCUGUACGGAGUGCGGAACCAACCUAAACUUAAGCACGACCCAUCUCUUCCCGCCAGACUUCUACUUCGAGGCGGGAAACAAGGGCACCCUCUCCUUCGCCUUGAUCGACACCACCAAGUUCAAGUUAGAGAAAGAGGACAAGAUCAGGCCGUUCUUUGAGACCGUUGAUUACUGGGGGAUCCAACGGAAGAGAACCAAGAUCAAGUGCAACAGCUGCGGGAAACUUGUGGGUUAUGUUUACGAUGACGGUCCUCCUCUCACGAAUGGUCCCGGUCAGUAUCAUUUCGGGCCCAGUCAGGUCAUCCCCAGAGCUCCUAGGUACCGGUUCAAGACCAAGGCGCUUAGGAUCACGUCCGAGACUUGAGUGAUUCUUGUGAUUAUGGUUUAUGGGUUCUGUAGAUAUUUUGAUUUGGGUUGUUUUGUUUUAAGUGUUCGGACGGUCUUGUUAUCUGAAUUUCGCAUGUAAUGUUGGAGAUUUUUAUACCCUUUAUUUUAUUGAAUUAAUUUCUUUGUUAAAAAAUUAGGUCUAAUUGAUGAUAUUUUGUUCUGCGA